AUGGUUUUUGAUGCUGUCAAUCCAGACCCCGACAGCUUCGUUUACUAUUAUCCGAUCUAUAACGAUGAAGGCGAUUUUGGCAGAACCCAAAACUUGAUGUUCAAGUUUCAUUUAUGUUACAAUCUUGCCCCUGAAGUAAAUUCAGAUGGAGAAGAUGAAAAUCCUCUCGAUCUUGAAACUCUACUCGUUGAUCGAACUCACGAGUUUGAUAAAGGAUUGCUUUUCAGUGGAGAUAGGGAGCAAAUACAAGUCAUUGUCUGUCACAUUCUUGAUUUGAUUAAAGCCCCUCGUUAUAUUGAUGUUGUUACAGAACUCAUUGAUGCGAUCCUUGAUUUAAAGAAGUGUGAUAAGAUCUCUAACGUGAAAGAGGUAGAUGUAGUCAUCAAUGUUAUUGUGUGGAGGUUUCCUGAUGAUGAUGAUGAUGAUGUAGAUGUGAGACUUGCGGUGGCCCCGGCGAGCAAUGAAGCGGUGGAGCAACACUUGGAGACGGUUGUUGUUGAGAAUGAAAGUUGGUGUGUGAUAUGCAUGGAUAAGAUCCGGAUUGGAUUGGAUGUGGCUGCGGGUCGAAUGCCGUGUUCUCACGUGUUUCAUCGCACGUGUGGUGAAGAUUGGCUUAGGUGUAGUGGGAUUUGUCCGGUGUGUCGUGCCAUGUUUCCGACCUAA